AUGGACGGCUUAGGUCUAGUUGCUCCAAGAGUAGCUUCGUGCAAGGUUGGUCUUCAGGAUGAUCUUUUACUGCACUUCGCAGCUGGGGACGAAAGUCGGUUCUUCCUGACGUGGAGUAGCCAUCUAAACCCUGCUAUCCUUAGCUCAUCAAAGGAUCUCCUCGCCGAAGCCACCGAUCUCGAACUAGAGCUCAGGGUUCACUUCGCAGUACAUCCCCAGCGUUGUGAUUCAACUGAUAAACUGAGGUGCGAGGAAGCCAUGCUACGUUUCCGUACCUUUCUCGAGUCCAGAGGCAGUGCCAUGAGCGAAUCCUCGCCGCAUUUGCACUAUUACGCACUGCCUUACGUCAGUAAACUGCGCGAACACCAGACGUUCGGAAGGAUCUUCAACGAGGAAUGGCUAGAGACACUACGAAAGCGAUUGGAAAGCUUCAUAGAUGAUGCGUUUCAUCUGGUCGAGUUGAAUACGGCUAAAACGAAGCCCUCAAGACUAUCGUACCUCUACCACUGUGCGGACAUCGAAUUGAACGGUAACUAUCAAGUUAUGGGACCAGUCACGUAUAUUCGCGCGGAGAUGUCAAUUUUGGAGCGUCGACUCGCCGAGGCGCUGGCACAAAACUCUCUAACGACCCGACAGCUUCUCCGGCUCGAAGAGGAACAUCAGCGUCUUAUGAGCGUCACUGGCGAAUUGAUUAGCGCGCUCGAAAGCGCCAUUCAAGGACGCACGGUGGACAUGGCUAAUAUCCUCGAUUACUGCGGGAGGGAGGUGCCCACACUUCUCACUCAAAUCAGCAACAGGACUGGGGUUGGCAACAAAUUCGGUCUCGAUUUUACCGAUGAAAUAAAGGCGAUAGAUAUAACGGAAACCGAAGAUAAACCACCCCUGCGACUGGUUGCCUACGAGCUAAACUAUCAGCUUAUAAAGAAUGAAUUACUUCGAGGAGAUAUGGAUACGAAAUGCCGUCUCAUCCAAGCUUUAAGAUGGCAACUGACAAAAUGUAGAAGCCCGGAAAGGCGUCAUUCAACCCUGAUGGCGUUCAUUUCGCACGACCUGCUCGGGUGUUUCAAACGCCAGUCGGAGUAUGCAACGAGAUUACUGCAUCUGCUGCGAUCACCUUCGAGCAAGCUUCAGCAGGGUCUCUGCCGACUUCUAAAUGCGUUUGCCUCAUUCAGAAAGGGUCGCGCCUACCUAGCACGAAACACUCAGCUAGUCGUUGUCAUGGCAGACGCUCUUGUCCACGAACAACUGGACAACACAGCUCGUGAUAUGAUUAUCGCUUCGUUACAGAAGCUUAGUCUCAGGCGACCGCUGGUAAUAAUCAUGGUUGACAGUGGUACAAUGGGAUGGCUGCUGCGAACGUUGCCUGAAGGUCAAAGUUGCGAUGUAAACUCAGAGGUGCGGGGCAAGGGUUUAGGACCCUACGGCUUCGAGUAUGCCGCUGCCCUUUUCAUGAAUCUUUGUCUUAGCCCACACGGACGUCAGGAAUGUGCCAAGCAGCCAGACGUCACACUCGACGUUAUUAUGGAUUUAUACGACCGUAAUUUACCAGAGAUACUUAUGUACUUAAACGGAGCUCUCUACAGCCUCAUCAGCAAUUCAACGCUUCUGCAAGAAGCAAAAGCGCGGAUAUUCAGCGAGAAGCUCCGAAAAAUACAACAGGGAUCAUCUGAUGAAAUUUCCCAUCAGAUCGGGUGCAUCCUCGAAAAGCUGGAAAACGCCGACUCAGCGGAGGAUACGAAAGAAAAGGACAGCGGAGAUGAGAAGAAUAUGUUGGAAGAAGAUGAAACAGCCGUACAGGACGAUGAAGUCGAGACGGAAAUCGAUCAGGGCGAGCCGUCAUCAAGAGGAGAUGCGCACAGCGGAGAAACCCUUCUGUGGAAAUUGUAUACUUUACCAGGCGCGAAACUCAACGUAGCUCAUAUUCCCGAUGGGCAGCGACGUUCAAUCAGUACAGGCUCACGAAGUAGAGGUCGGCGACAAGCUCAAGCCGCUAACCCGAUGCCUCAUGAUGGAGGCGAUGAAAGAAAAUCACGUUUGUCCGGCAGAGAAUCUUCGUCACCUCCUGAGUUUCCGGCAAUCUUGAAAUUCAUGGCGCACUCUACUGGUGAUCGCAGUCCCCUCAACGUUGCUCCAUCGGCAUCAACGGUCAACGUGCUGCACGUGGCGCCUGCCGCUAGAAGCAUCCCAACUACUGCUACUGUAGCAGAUAACAUAACGUGCCCAACUCUAGGCGGUUCUCCAAGCGAAACUGGGCCUGAGCACGUGUGUCUUCCGGAGAUUCUUAAUAGUCCUCAGGCAUUGGAAAGUCUUCAGCCGGAGGCAGUGUUUGCUGCACGACCGAAAGUACCUCGAACGCCUGAAAAUAGCCGAAGAUAAUCCACUGUUUUUCUUCUUCCAUUGAUAUGACAAUUUAUAACCGUGGUCGGCCUAAGACUGACUUUAAAGCGGCUGACGGAAGCAGAACGAAUAGCCCCCGCAUGGCGUAUAGAAAAUUUAAAUUAUACAAUAUAUCUUCAUCAAACUUCAUCAAAUGAUGCGCUGACCUCAUAUUAUGAGAUGUUUUUUUUUUUUUUUCUAUCAGAUACGUUAUCAGUGAAAGAGGGAUGUAAUUUUAUUGUCUGAAUCUUGCAAGAUCCAGCAGUUUGUCCUGUCUUCACAAUCGUAAUUGCUUGAUUUUAUUUCGAGCACCAGAAGCCCGUGUGUUGUCUUAUUAAGUGAGUUAUUCCAUUUCCGA